UGAAGUCCAUGGCGCUCAGUGAGAUAUCGCAACGGCGGCAACGAGCAUGCCAAGAAGGCACCGCAGCGAAAAGCAGACGGCGCAGGAAGACCUGCCUGCACACAGUGCGACUUGCGCUGCCUCCAAUACAACGGCAGAUGCAGAUGGCCGCUUUCUGGUUUGGCCUGCUUCAGCUGGUGCCGCUUUCAUAUGGCGCGUUCCCGGCUCCUACGGCACACUGCGUCUGCUUCGUCAAACUCCGCAGCAGCAAGGGCGACCACAGCCCCGAGACAGCGCGCCCUGAAAGCGAGGGACUGCGCUGCGCGGCUGCCGAGCCCGGACUGCUGCGCUGCCGUCGCCGGAGCACGCCCUGCGGUCGCGUGCGUCGGCCGCCUGGACUCCAGUGCUUCGGCAACGGCGCCAAGAGAAUUGGUGGCGGUGAGCAAGAGCAAGACUACCCGUGGCAUGUGCGGGAUGCUCCGCAGCUGUACCUGGCCUGCGUGUUUGGCGCCUGCGGACCGGCAUGCGCCUUUCGCGCGCGGGUGCAGCCGGGCUCGGGAAUCGAUGUCUCGCUGCGAGCCGUCGAGUACUCUCCUUUCUUGGUUGGGAUCGAAUGGAGACGCAUUCUGACCGUCCCUCCCCUCGAGUCCAAGCUUCGCAACUCCUCCGAACGUGAAUACCAUCUCGGAGUCACUACCUGUUGGUCGUGGAAAAACCAACCAUGCAAGCUUCGGUGCAGCCCGGAAGAGCGCGUGAAACUGGUGGGCAACUCCGGCUCGUUCAGCGUGCCAGCCGACCUGUACAGCGGCAGUGUACAGCUGCGGGUGCGUAACCGGGGCCAGAAAGGACCACCGUUCUUCAGGGCCGCCUUCCACAGGAAGCAAAUCGAGCCCAGCCCUCCCUGUGACGUCACCGUCCAUACAGUGGGGUGGUCCAUGGUGCGGCUGAACUGGAAGACGUGACCACAUGCGCGACUUGACGGCUUUGAGGUAUAACUUCCAUGGUGCCACACCUGAGUACCAUCAUUUAUGCUAUUGAGACCAAAAAAGUCCUUCCAGCAGCACCAUGAUAUAUGAUAUAAUAUAAACAGCACAGCUCACUUUGUCCGAUGGUGUGCGCUGUCCAUCGCUUUCUGAGCUUUCCACCCGCCAACGCCGCCGUACCCAAAAUGGGGUUGAGUGAAGCUGACUCCCAGCAGUGGUGGCGCCGUGCCAUAGGCGGAACGCCCAGCCGCCAGGCUUUGCAACAAUCAAGCUGGCAACUGCGCACUGGACCAAACACGCGACCGCACUUGUUUUCUGACCGCAAGUGUCUUGGUGCCGUUCCGACAGCAUGCUUCCUCGCGCCUGCUCUACACUCUACCUGCCACGCAACGUGUCCUCCGUCGUUCUCCUGGGACCCAUGCCGUUUCUCAGGUAUAGGUACAAAGUGCGAUGGUACAAGGGUGACCCUAAUGCCUCGGAUUUGCUCUACAGCGCGCCAUCCAUUGCCUCACGGAAGCACUGGCUCAGCUUUGAGCUGUUUCUAUACAUGGAGAUGCUCAUCGUGUUCUUGCUGGCUGGAACACUGGCUCUGGUGGCGCUGGUCACCAUUGGAUUCAUCCUUACACGUGGACUGCCGCUGGCGGCAUUCUUGGACGUUGAGCCCGUCGACCUGGUGGGCGGAGCGGGCUUCCCUCACGAGAACCAGGCACAGGACGACCACCGUUUAGGCCCCCUUGGAAGACGACGAGGUGCGGCCGCGCUGUCCAGGAUCCACUCGCGAGGAGACAGCUGACACACCGGAUUUACGCCUCCUCAAAAACACGGCGACCCUCGUGAGAAGUGCUUCACACGAGGAUCACGAGGAUGAAAUACAUACUAACGUAUUUCUAAGUGCAA